AUGAACAACAGUGAGGGCCACCUGCCAUACCGUUUCUACAUGGGUCUCACAUGUGCCGCCAUCGGGCGACUUUCUGCAGACUACCCGAUAGUUCCACUCGCUUUUGGCGUUUCGGUGCUGGCUGGCGUACUCGCCGUGUAUAUAUCAGCAGGCUCUCCGCGUUGGAAGGGGGCCCCCACUUUCUUUAGGCAUGGCAGGACCCGUGAAAAGAACAGCUUCAGCAAAAGCAAUCCACAUCCGGUGGCGUUGGCCUCCGUUUAUACGUUCACCCGGACGCCGUGGUCUACCGGCAGGGAGGAGGAAGCGGAUGUGUUACUGGAUACAGUGGCGGAAGUCGAUGAGGCUCUGCACAGUGAUGCGGAUCAACUGAGCUUGUUCUCACCGUCUAGGCGCGUCUGCCAGCAGCAGCAGCAUCUCUCUUUGCACUCCACAUCUUCGAUUCAGCUUUCUUCUCCUCAGCAAUGCAAGCAUUCUGCACACUGCCAGCACGGCUGCACCACCGCCGAUGAAUUCUGUGAAGCCACUGCACCGAUGCAAGCACCGCCAGUAUCCAGUGGUUCUGCAGAGGCUGUUAACAUCUAUCCGUUUUACCGAAGCCUUAGCAAGUGUGCUAGCAACAGCAGCGGCGCUGAUACGCCCACAGCUCAUUUUUCAAGUGGCACAUCUCAUGCAACUGAUGCGGUGCCUAGUGAUGCGACGGGGAACUCGCAUCUUGGCAAGGCUAACUGGAAUCCCGUGGCCUCCCUCACGUUGAGUGGAACCCUUGAGGCGGGGAGAGAGGGCACUGUGGCGGAGGCGUUCAAUUCGGCAGCCACUCCUUCCAUUGGAUGUGUGCCUGGCUGCUCCUCUGACAUUUUUCUUGGGUGUACCAAUAGAUGCAAAGCAGGGCGAAGUGGUUAUGAUUGGAAGGGGAAAUUUGGAGAGACAGAGGUCUCGGGAGGAAAGUUGCAACGAGCUCUUUCACACUUGGUCGGUGCAACCGCGGUAGCUCGGCUGCAGCACGCGAAUUCCAGCAGAGCCGCUAACUUGGCGGAUGGCACACAACGACAGUACUUGUCGGGGUCUGUUUCUGUCUCCCUCGACGGGCGGACGGCAAGCACAGCGACAGAUGCGCCCACCGUGGCAGAUUCAUGUGUGUUGGAGAUGGAGGAUGAGGAUGCCGGUAAGCUUGUUUCUGCCGAUAGUUUUUUUCGUGCCUCUUCUGAAUACGCCGAGGAACACAACGAGGAGUGCGUGAUUACAGAGGUGCCAGGCAGCGUUGCCAGACCAGUGCAGCUUGAGGCACAGCUACGCAGCCUGGAAACACGGCUCGAGCAACAGAUGCGCGGCUCCGUGGGGCGUUGCGAGGCAAAAAUUCCCGCAACCUGCCACGAUGUUGAGGCUGCAGCAGGUUUGCCAGCAGCAGGGAGUUAUCAUGAUGGAGAGCCCGACGCGAGAAGAUGCUCUCCGGAUAGAGCUGAUGCCUUUUCUCCGCUACAGGGGGACGCCUCGUCUCUGUUGCAUCAACAACGAACACAGGUAUUCACAGCUGCAGUGGAUCGCCCGCCCGCCACAACUUCCCAGGAAAAUGAUCGUCGGGUGGAUGACGUCUUUGUGCGUCCCCACGGCAAUGGUGCCGCCUCUUACUCCUUGUCGUUGACGUACCACGAUGCCCACGGGACCUCGCGAACCAUUGAUACUAACACCUUGCCACCGUUAAGAUUUCCCUCACGAAGUACAGUCGCCACACCGAGCAGCACAAUAUUAACGGGUUCUGUAGCAUCAUCUCGACUAACUCCUCUGUCUUUACAGGAUGUUAGACUCGACACCAGUAGACGCCCGCCUGUGCCCACUGGCCACCGCAAUUCAAAGGUCAAUGCUGGUCGCCUUGUGGCUCCGCUACCACCCUUGGAGCUGUCCGCAGGACCCCACUUGCAAGGGGUCGCAGGAAGCAGAGGUGAGUUUCGCAUUGGUGCCUUUUUGGGUGGUGGAUGUUGUGGGAAAGUGUAUGAGUGCCUGAACACUGAAACAGGUGAGGUGCUCGCAGCCAAGCAGCUCGUAUUUGAUGCAAAAGAACCAAAGUUGCAAUUUAAGCUAAAACAGUUGGAGAUAGAAUUGGAAGUGUUAACCCUUGCAACCCGUCACGGCAUGCCCUGGAUCGUCGGCUUUCAUGGUGCAGAGAAGCGAGGUCAUUCUGUUCUUAUGUAUUUAGAGUACUGCCCACGUGGUUCACUGCUGGACUACAUGCUUUCAAACAGGACUCCAUCGCCCUUGACAACUCCCUUGGCGAUGUCCACAGCUUCUUCACCCAGCCUCAAGGGGGCAGCUGAGCAGGUGGACACACCAUCGUUUGCGGCCAAAACUGCCUCGCAAGAUGAGGAACAAGGGCGGAAGAAGACUAUUUGGGGAAAUAGUGACGGAGGUUCACUCUUGUCCUCCUUGCCGACGCGGGUUUCCUUUAACACCGCGACCGCCCCGCCCCCGAGGAAGCCUGUGCAGCCUGAAAUACUGCCUCUCCCUAUAGAAGAGGUGCAACGUUUUGCGCGGCAGACUGUUGAGGCUUUGCACUUUCUCCAUUUUCACGGGUACGCCCACUGGGACGUCAAGACGGGGAACAUUCUCGUCACCGAGGCGAGAGACGCGAGGCUUGCAGACUUUGGAUGCUCCACGCGUCUGCGGCGAAGUGUGGCAGAAUCUGAGCCUUGCGAAGCACCAGGACACAAAGAGGGUAUGGUCCAUGAAGAUUCGAAGGGGUACACGGAUGUAGCUGCUGGAGUUCAAUCCAGGGAAAUCCUCGAGGAGGCGGCAGCUUCCCUGCACCUUGUUGUUGAUGAUGAUACUAUCACCGGGCUUCGUGGGACGGCUGUGUACAUGGCCCCCGAGAUGAUUCGUUUUGAACGCUCUUGUCUUGGCACUGCCGGGGAUGUGUGGUCGCUUGGAUGUGUAGUGAUGGAGCUUGCGACAGGUGCCGCACCAUGGAGACAUUUAGCGAAGGAUAAACUGAGAGUCCUCUUUCGUGUUGGUUCCUCCCGUGAAGAUCUACCUCUGCCGCCAAACGUCAUGCAGGCGGCAGAGGAGGCACGGUGCUGGUUGGCACACGAGGAUGAACGCCUAGCGGUGGCGAGGUUGGGCCCGUGCCCCACCGAGGAGGUGGAGUUACUGAAGCGUCGCCGCCUGGAAAGCCGGGAAGGUGGGGAUACAGCUGAAGUUGAGGCGGAUGCCGCGCAUGUACAUUUGGCCGAGAUGCCAGGUUACGCUGAACACCACCGACGCAUGCGUUUGUUUGUUGCCCUGGAGAGUUUUCUUUCUCUUUGCCUGCAUAUUCGUCCGGAAGACCGGCCGCGCUGCGAGGAGUUGCUGCUGCAUCCCUUCCUCACCAUCAGCUGA